CUCCAUAUAAAAAACACUUGCCGAAUCCAAACAACUCCGAAUCCUUCCCUCUCUUCCUGCUCCACCGUCCCGUUCCAACCCCGAUUAGCCGACAAAAGUCACAGAACCAGAGUCUCCGAUUAAAAAAAUAAAUACUAUUCUAUCUCUAAAAAAAAUAUAAAUAAAUAAAUAAAACACUCUCAAAAGACUAAAAAAACUCUACUCUAAAAAGCUAUUCUCCACUCCUCUCACUCACUAACGCCACUCCUCCUCCUCCUCCUCCUUUUCUUCCUCUCUCUAACUUUGCCUUCACACUCUCUCAGUAGGUUUUCACUUUCUAUAAUGUAGAAAAGUGAAACCCUAAUUCAUUAUUUCUAUCACAAGAUCUAAAAAAAGUCGCUAUAAAUGGGGAAUUGUUGCAGAUCUCCGGCCGCCGUAGCUAGAGAAGAUGUGAAAUCGAGCUUCUCCGGUCACGAUCACGGAAAGAAAGACAACACAGCUAAAAAAACACCGCAACCAAUCACAGUCCUCACUGGCUUCCCCAAGGAGAAUAUCGAAGAACGCUAUUUAGUAGAUCGUGAGCUAGGGCGGGGAGAAUUUGGCGUAACGUAUCUGUGUAUAGAGCGAGACUCGAGAGAGUUACUUGCCUGUAAGAGUAUUUCGAAGAGGAAGUUGAGGACUGCUGUGGAUAUUGAAGAUGUCAGACGAGAAGUAGCGAUAAUGAAGCAUUUGCCGAAGAGUUCGAGUAUUGUGAGCUUGAAAGAAGCUUGUGAGGAUGAUAAUGCGGUGCAUUUGGUUAUGGAGUUGUGUGAAGGAGGGGAAUUGUUUGAUAGAAUUGUUGCUAGAGGUCAUUAUACUGAAAGAGCCGCCGCCGCAGUGACUAGAACGAUUGUUGAGGUUGUGCAGUUGUGUCAUAAGCAUGGUGUGAUUCAUAGGGAUUUGAAGCCGGAGAAUUUUUUGUUCGCGAGUAAGAAAGAGAAUUCGCCUUUGAAAGCUAUUGAUUUUGGCUUGUCUAUUUUCUUUAAGCCAGGUGAGAGGUUCUCUGAAAUUGUUGGAAGUCCUUAUUACAUGGCUCCAGAGGUGCUCAAGCGGAACUAUGGACCGGAAAUUGAUAUAUGGAGUGCAGGGGUCAUUCUCUAUAUCUUGUUGUGCGGUGUUCCGCCAUUUUGGGCUGAGUCCGAGCAAGGAGUUGCUCAGGCCAUUCUUCGUGGGAUUAUAGAUUUCAAACGGGAUCCAUGGCCAAAUAUUUCGGAAAAUGCUAAGAGCUUAGUGAGGCAAAUGCUGGAGCCAGACCCAAAGCUUCGAUUAACUGCAAAACAAGUGUUAGAGCAUCCUUGGCUCCUAAAUGCUAAGAAAGCUCCAAAUGUUCCUCUUGGAGAUGUUGUCAAGUCAAGACUUAAGCAGUUUUCAAUGAUGAACAGAUUCAAAAGAAAAGCUCUCAGGGUUAUUGCUGAUUUCUUAUCCAUUGAAGAAGUUGAAGAUAUCAAAGAAAUGUUCAAGAAGAUGGACACCGAUAAUGACGGUAUUGUUUCAAUUGAAGAAUUGAAAACUGGACUUAGAAGUUUUGGUUCCCAGCUUGGGGAGUCUGAAGUUCAAAUGCUUAUUGAAGCUGUAGAUGCUAAUGGGAAGGGUAAACUAGACUAUGGGGAGUUUGUCGCUGUUUCUCUUCCUCUCCAAAGGAUGGACAAUGAUGAGCAUCUUCGCAAGGCAUUCUCCUACUUCGACAAGGAUGGCGAUGGUUACAUUGAGCCAGAUGAGCUCCGGGAUGCCCUGAUGGAGGAUGGAGCGGAUGAUUGUACAGAUGUGGCAAAUGACAUCUUCCAAGAAGUAGACACUGACAAGGAUGGAAGAAUCAGCUAUGACGAAUUCUUUGCUAUGAUGAAAACUGGAACAGAUUGGAGGAAAGCUUCCCGUCAUUACUCUAGAGGGAGAUUCAACAGUCUAAGCAUGAAGCUCAUGAAGGAUGGUUCACUAAACCUGGGGAGUGAGUAAACAUAUCCACAGGGCCUAUGUUUAAUUUAUCCUUGCAAAGAAAGUAGUGGGUCAUCACCAUACAUCUUAGAUUUGCCUUCUUUUAUGCGGGGCCCUUUUGCUUGUGGGCUUACAAGGAUCAUGGAGGCUGAGGGCAUCUUAUCUGUCUUCAAAAUGUUAGUUGUGUAAAAAUGAUGACUGGUACCACGGUACAGGAUGUAUGAUUCUUUUCCUUUUCUUCUCACCACUUUUAACCUUCGGUAAUUGUUUCUUGUAGACAAUGCGAACAUUGGUGGGAUGAACUCUGUAGGGCUGUAGUAUAUUCUAAAAGGAAAUGCGUUGUGUUCUGGGGCU